AUGCGUUACAUUCUCGUUUCGGGCGGAGUCAUCUCCGGUGUUGGAAAGGGCAUUAUUGCCUCGUCCACGGGCCUGCUUCUCAAGACGCUCGGCCUGCGUGUCACCUGCAUCAAAAUCGAUCCUUAUUUGAACAUUGAUGCUGGAACUAUGAACCCGAAAGAUCACGGAGAGUGUUUCGUUCUGGACGACGGUGGCGAGUGUGACUUGGAUCUUGGACAUUACCAGAGAUAUCUGGGCAUCAACCUCUCCCGAGACCACAACAUCACCACCGGCAAGAUCAACAUGGAGGUCGGCUUGAGGGAACGUCGUGGAGAUUACUUGGGCCGUACCGUCCAGGUCGUCCCUCACGUCACCAACCUCAUUAAGGAGUGGAUUGAGCGGGUCGCCAGAAUCCCCAUCGAUGAGUCGGGCGCCGAGCCUGAUGUCUGCAUUAUUGAGCUUGGUGGCACAGUUGGCGAUAUCGAGAACAUGCCCUUCGUCGAGGCGCUUACACAGCUCCGACACAAGUGUGGCAAGGGCAACUUUAUCAACAUCCAGGUCUCAUAUGUUCCCGUCAUCAACGGCGAGCAAAAGACCAAGCCCACUCAGCACGCCGUCAAGACAAUUCGGAGUGCUGGUCUCAUUCCCGACUUGAUUGCUUGCCGUUGUGAACGUCCUCUUGAUCAAGAUACCAUCAACAAAAUCGCCCUUCACUGCCAGGUCGAGCCUGAGCAGGUGAUUGCCGUCCGAGAUAUGCCCACAGUCUACCAGGUGCCAGUCCUUCUGAAAGAGCAGGGCCUGAUCACUGUUCUGCAGUCGAUCUUGAUGCUGGACAAGCUCACCCCUGAGCCAGCCCAAGUCAAGAAGGGUGCCGAAAUUUGGCAAAAGUGGAAGGAUGUCAUCUCAAAGAACUACACCGAGACGAUCGACAUUGCCCUGGUUGGCAAGUACGUCGAACUUCACGACAGCUACCUCAGUCUCUACAAAUCAUUAGAACACGCGGCUAUCCACUGUAAGCGCAAGCUGAACCUGAUCUGGGUUGAUUCUGAGCAUCUCGAGGAGUCCACCCGGGAGGCCGACCCCGCCUUGUACCACAAGGCCUGGCACGAUGUUUGCUCGGCGUCUGGUGUGGUGAUCCCCGGAGGCUUCGGCGAGAGAGCCACAGAAGGUAUCAUCAAGGCUACCCAGUGGGCCAGAGAGCACAACACCCCCUGGCUGGGUAUCUGCUUCGGUAUGCAGCUGGCCGUUUGCGAGUUUGCCCGCAACGUGUGUGGACAUGCCAACGCCACCUCUGAAGAGUUUGACGAGAAUGCCGAGUACCCCGCCGUCAUCUUCAUGCCCGAGGGCUCCAAGGAAACCAAGGGCGGCACCAUGCGACUCGGCCUGCGCACCACGCACUUCCAGCCUGGCAGCGAGGACAGCAAGCUCCGAGCCAUGUACGGCAACGCGGAGACUGUCGAUGAGCGCCACCGACACCGUUACGAGGUUAACCCUGCCCUUGUUGACGAGUUUGAGAAGGCUGGCUUGUCCUUUGUCGGCAAGGACGAUACCGGCAGACGUAUGGAGAUCAUUGAGAUCAAGAGCCACCCUUACUUCGUCGGUGUGCAAUACCACCCGGAGUACAUCAGCCAGCCGCUUAGCCCCUCCCUCCCCAUCCUUGGUCUGGUAGCCGCCGCCAUCGGAUGCCUCGACGAGGUUACCAAGGAGGUCUGCCAGCUCAGAAAUGAAGCCAACGGCACUGUCAACGGAACCGCUUAA